AUGCCGACAAAAUACAGCUCUCCUGUCUCAGACCUCUGCGUAAAAACUUGGACGUGUUUUGUGAGGUUUCGACGGGGCGACCGAAGCACUGACCGAUCACAUACUGUUGACACCGCCGUCGUCAUGUCCUCUACCAUGCAAUCAGCAGUCCGACCUACAAUGUCCUCGCCGGAGCAGCGUCAGCAGCAGCAGUUCACCCAGUAUGGCGACACCGAUCUUGGCCUGGAGCGCAGCAACUCUCACGAAAGCAAUGACAGCUCCAACUUCACGCACAGAGGCUUUGCACCGCGUGGCAAAUCCAUCAACUCGCUUCACUCGUCUCAGCCCGACAUCACCGCGUCUCCUUCGCCCUCGUCGUCUCGUCUCGUGAGCGCCAACUAUUCUCGUCCUCGUCUCGAACAUGCGCACACACAGCCGUACGCGUCUGUCCAUUCGCAGUCGAGUCCGCGCUCCUUCUUCACCCCUGAUGUGCACUCGCAAUCCUUUUCGGGUCCGAGCGCCCAUGGCAUCAGCUCCUCCUUUGACGAGGAUGAACUUCGGCAGAUCAUGUCGCGCAGUCCGGGCACCGACGACACACCUGCUAUGGACGGCCACGUAGGUCAAGGCGUCAAGUCGGCCAAUCACCAGGAUAUCAGUCCAUUCCUGUUCCAGAACGAGAGCGCAACACCCUCCGCUUCGUCCUCUUCUCGCUCGCCUCGCACGACCGCCAACCCAUCCGCCGUGUCAACCAGUAGUCCAGCACCAACCGCUGCAACCAGAUCGCGCACCCGCAGAGGCACCGCCACCCCCCAGUCCACUACCUUCGAUACAAGCUUCGGCAGUCUCGACCAGCCCGGUCUCUCCUCCUCCCGGUCCCAGUACUCGCUGCGUCCACAGACUCCUCCCUCGGCAUCCACUUCCACCAGCACACUCAACGGCUCCAAGGACACGCAUGCGUCCGCCGCCAAAAAGUCGCGCAACCCCUUCGGCUUUCUCAAGAAGAAGCCUUCCGCUCACUCAAACGCUUCUGCAGCCCAUCCGACGCGCCAUGACCUCGGCUCAGUCUCGUCGCUAUCGUCGCGCUACGGCUCGAAUGCGGCCAAUCUGAACCCCAUGCGUCCGCCCGCCUGGCUCGACAACAAUCGCACGCUUGCUAGCUCCACCUCUCCCUCUUCGGCUUCGCUGCGCUCCCACUACCACCAGCCUGCUGCCGCAUCCGCUUCCACAGCUUGGCACAACUCGCUCGCCUCUCGUAUGGACUCGCUGCCCGCCGCGAUGAGCUUGGAGGACGAGCUGGAGGCUGAGCAUCAGCCAAAGAAGGACCCCCUCAAGCGCAUCAAAGGUGUUCGUCACCACCUUGCAAAGACCACCAAACCAGGCGAGGAUGUCGAUUCCACGCGCGACCCUGCCCUUGCAGCUCAGAGCCAAUCUAUCGAGCAGGAGGUCGAGCUCUCGUUGGACAUGAACUUCGAUCAGCUCGAGGACUUUGUCGACACCAAUGCAGCGCGCCAGCGUCUCCAAGGCUCCGUGACCGAGUCCGCCAGUCCUUCGGAGCAUCGCUCACCCAGUGGGAGCGAAGCCGCCACCUAUCGCUCGCCUUCGCCGUCUCAGGCCUCCCUCACCGAUCGACAAGCUUCUGUCGCCUCGACCGUCGAGUCCCCUUCCCACGCCUCGGAAUCGUCGCUUGCGCCUUCCGGCUCUCUUCGCACUCCGAGUCGCACCACCGCUGCCACGUCCACUUCGUCAGCUUCCACCGUCCUCAGCGACCGUCGUCCUUCGCAGAUCAACAUGCUCCCUCGCAACAGCGUUCCUAGACUCAGUCUUGCCGAGAUGCAGAACUAUCAGUCGCUCCGCAAGCUCUCGACCAACCUCAUCGACAUGCCUCAGCUCUCUGUCAACGGCGCCGGCUCUGCCCCUUCGAACGCUGCCCUUCUGCGCCGUGGAUCUGUCGCAGUCCCACACGCAGCCCCCGAGGCCUCCUCACAGCUCGGUGUCGCUUCCAUGGCGGAUACGGUACUCGACGAUCAUCGAAAAGACAGCGUCGCCUCUGCUCACAGCAUGCAAUCCAACCAUAGCGGCAUCUCGCCAAAGACCUCCUACGCGAACCUGCCUGGCGCCAUCCAGGGCCAGAAGCCCGCCGCCGCGCUUCCUGCUGGCGCUGGUUGGACAGCCGCCCCUACCAAAGAUGCACCUGCCAACGGACGUGCUAACCAUUCCUAUCAAUUUCCGCCGGCGGCCGACCAUCCAGCAAACUCUCUCCUCAGCGUGCGCAAAUCGAGUGCCGGCUCGGGGCAAGAGGCCAGUUCGAGCUGGAUGGCGCCAGACAGCUGGGCCGUGCAGCCUGACAAGAUGCACGACUAUCUCCGCGACGACAACGUCGGCGAAGAGGAGGACGAGGACGACCAUCAACACCAGGCUAUCGCCUCCGACGGCAAGAGACGCGGGUCGAGUUCAGGCGUGAGCUCCACGCACGCUGCCAGCAUGUUCCGCACCUCGUCCAACGAUCCCUUCAAGAAGGCCGCCUCUCUUGCUGGCUCGCGUCGCGGCACUGAAGAGUCAGUCGAUCCGCUCACCGUCCUACCUCCCCCGCCUGGCUCCAAGUCGGUGGAUGAGGCGGUUGACAACAAGGUCGACGUGCUGCAGCAGACCAACAACCUUGCUCAAUCCGCCCUCGCCCAGCAGCAAUCCCAAACCCACAAUCACCAGCUCGGCUCGGCUCACGUUCGUCCAUCCUCGCGAGGCGGCGCUGGUUCUCACAUACUGGCCUCCGCAGGCGCUUCUGCGGCCGCCGCUGCCGCAGGCAAGCUUGGUCUGCAUCGUCCGUCCAAACACCGCAUGAAUGCGCGCCCCAACACGGCAGGCUCCGUCGGUGCCGCUCGUCCAUCCACAGCGACGAUAGGCUCGUCGCUCUCAGCCGAGGACGACUCGAGCGUCAAUGGCUCUUUGCGACGCGAUGGUCAUCCUCUCAAGCGAUCCACCACCGCCAACGCCAACAAUGCGCCCGGCAGCUCGCUUCGCAACCACUUCAUCCGCGUAUACAAGACGGACGGCACCUUCGCCACGCUCUCGUGCUCGCUUGCCUCGACGGCCACCGAGGUGCAGACCAUCCUUGCACGCAAGAGUCUCACUACUGAGUCGGCCUCCUACCGUCUCUUUGUGCGCGACAAGGGCUCCGAAAGGCCCCUCGGCAUUUCCGACAAGCCCUCGCAGCUCCAGCGCCGCCGUCUGCUCCAAGCAGGUCACACCGAAACCGAUGGGUUGGAGGACAUGGGGAGGGACGAUCUCUCGUAUCUGCUUCGCUUCGUCUUUCGCCCAGACAGCGUGCCCACGUUCGACUCGGAAUCCAUCGGCCACAGCGAGCACACGUUCCAGCACCUCGAUCUGCACAGUCGCAACCUCGAGAUGGUGCCCAUCUUCCUCUACAAGCACGCCGACUGGAUCGUCAGCCUCGACCUCUCGGGCAACCCCAUGUCGGAUCUUCCGCUCGACUUUGUGCAGCUAUGUUCCAGUCUGCGCACGCUGCGACUCUCCAACCUGGCGCUCAAGCGCAUCCCGCAGAGUGUCAGGCACAGCGAGACCCUGACGCAUCUCGACGUCUCUAACAACCGACUCGUCGAGCUCUCGCACAUCGCCCUUGAUCUCAUCCCGGAGCUCAUGUCGCUCAAAGUGCAGAACAACCGUCUCUUCGACUUGCCGCCCUACUUUGACAGCAUCAGGACGCUCAGGAAUCUCAACAUCUCCAACAACCGCUUCGACGAGUUCCCAAGCGUCAUCUGCGAGAUGCCUUCCCUUGUCGACCUCGAUGUGUCGUUCAAUUCAAUCACCGAGCUUCCUGCCGAGAUUGCCAAGCUGAUUAACCUGGAGCGUUUCAUCCUUGCCGGCAACGAGCUCGAGAAGCUUCCGGACAGUAUGAGCGAGCUUGUCAGCCUGCGCACCAUCGACCUGCGUCGUAACAAGGUGCAGGAUGUUUCGUCCCUCCUCGGCCUCCCACGCCUUCAGAACAUCCAGGCAGAGAGCAACAACAUCAAAUCAUUCGAGGCUACGCUGGGUCCGCAGCUGACCCAGGUCGAGCUCGGCCGCAAUCCGCUCAGCAAGGUCCGUAUCGCCGCUCUCACUACGUGCGAUCUGACUUCGCUCGACCUGUCGUCCACCAACAUGACGAGACUCGAAGAAGGUCUGUUCCCGCAGCUGCCGGCGCUCGUAAAGCUGACGCUCGAUGGCAAUCAGCUCGUCGUCCUGCCCGACUCGCUCGGAGACCUCAAACGCCUCGAGAUGCUUUCGUGCAGCAACAAUUUGCUCGCUACGCUUCCCGAGUCGAUAGGCGCCCUCAAGGCGCUCAAAGAGCUGCUCGUCCACAACAACAAUCUCAAGACGCUUCCGCAAUCGUUAUGGCUCUGCGAGAGCCUUGUACACAUCAACCUCAGCUCCAACCUGCUCGAAUCGUUCCCAACAGCUCCCGACGUUCGCAACGAUGCCUCGCCUGGCGACAUCGCCGCAGCUGCAGGAACUUCGACCAUCAUCGCUGCGCGAAAAGGCUCGACGAGCUCCUCGCUGACACACAGAUCCAACGCCGGUGGUGCCAACGGAGCCAACAGCCUGUCCACGCCAUCCGAAGUCUUUGUGGCACCCCUCUCGCUCAGCCUGCAGAAGUUGCGUCUUGGAGACAACCGCCUUGGCGACGAGGUCUUCACCGUGCUGUCCGAGCUCACCUCGCUCGAGGUGCUCAAUCUGAGCUUCAACGAAAUCUUCGAGAUCCCCGAUUUCAGCCUUCAGACGCUCACCAAGCUGCGAGAGCUGUACGUCAGCGGCAAUCAGCUGAGCACCAUCCCUUCCGAUGACUUGGUGGUCUUGCAGGAGCUCCGCAUCCUCCACCUCAACUGCAACAAGCUAACCACGCUCCCCACCGAGCUCGGCAAGCUCAAGAAGCUCGCCAAUCUCGACGUCGGCAACAACGUGCUCAAGUACAAUAUUGCCAACUGGCACUACGAUUGGAAUUGGAACCAGAAUCCGGAGCUGCGCUACCUCAACUUGUCUGGCAACACGCGUCUCGAAAUCAAGACCAAGCUGAGCGACAUGGGCUUCACGCGCAAGUCGAACAUCUCGGAUUUCAGUCGCUUGACCAGCCUGCGCAUGCUGGGACUUAUGGACGUCACCAUGCCGUUGCACUCGAACGCAACGCCGGACGAGUCCGACAAUCGACGCGUACGAACCUCGCUUUCGCAGAUCAACGGUAUGGUCUACGGUAUCGCCGACGCACUCGGCAAGCACGACAACCUGAGCGUCAUCGAUCUCGUCAUCCCGACCUUCCGCAAGGAUGAGGGAGAGUGUCUCUUUGGUAUCUUCGAUGGCAGAGGCCACGGAGCGCACGUCGGCAGCCGCAUCGCCCAUCACUUGGCCGAAUGGAGUGGGCAUCGCUUGUCGUGGGAAUUCCAGAAGCACCAGAACGAAAUGUCGACCGAGCCCGUGUCGGUGCCGGACGCGCUGCGUCGCGCUUUCCUUCGACUGCAGAAGGACUACGCCGAUGCGCUCAUCAACGACGGCAGCCGCAAGCUCUCGGAAGCCCAUGCAGAGGCGGCGGCCGACGUGACGCGCAGCUCUGCGCCAGCCAUCGCGGCAGCUUCCAACAAGCACGACUGGCGCGCAGGCGCGUCCGCCAUCUUGGCAUACGUGGUCGAACGGACGCUGUACAUUGCUAACGCCGGUGAUGCGCUCGCGGUCAUGUCGCGCAACGGCGGCACGGCACAUUUGAUCAGCAACAAGCACGAGCCGUUCGACCGUGCCGAGAUCGAGAGGAUCCGAUCGGCAGAAGGCUGGGUCUCGCUUCGUGGCUACGUCAACGACAUGCUCGACGUCUCGCGCUCGUUCGGCUACUUCCAUCUGUUCCCCAUCGUCAACGCGGCGCCUGCUGUGACUACUGUGCAGCUGACCGACUCGGACGAAUUUGUCAUCAUCGCCAAUCGGACGCUUUGGCAGUACGUGUCUUACCAGACGGCGGUCGACAUCGCGCGAACGCAGCGCAACGAUCCGAUGAUCGCAGCGCAAAAGCUGCGAGAUUUUGCCAUCAGCUACGGUGCCGAAGAGAGCAUCAUGGUCAUGGUCAUCUCGGUGGGCGACCUGUUCUACAAGUCGGAUAUGCGCAACGGCGGUGGCCUCAACUUUGCCUCGUACAAAGACCGCGAGGCCAUCCAAAAGGCAGGACGUCGUUUCCGUGAGGAGCUGCCGGGAGACCGAACGCUGGCGAGGCUGGACCGCGAAGUGGCUCCGCCGAUCGGACAGGUCGCGCUGGUAUUUACGGAUAUCAAGAACUCGACGUCGCUGUGGGAGACCAACAACGGCAUGCAGACGGCGAUGCGACUGCACAACUACCUUUUGCGUCGCCAGCUGCGAACCAUUGGUGGCUACGAGGUCAAAACGGAAGGUGAUGCCUUUAUGGUCUCCUUCCCCUCGGUCAGUGCAGCGCUUCUGUGGUGUUUCACGGUGCAGCAGCAGCUGCUGCACGAGGAUUGGCCUCGCGAGAUUUUGGACAGCGAAGAUGGCAAGGAGGUGUACGACCAGUCGGGCGAGCUCAUCGCACGAGGUCUCUCGGUGCGCAUGGGCAUCCACUGGGGUCGGCCGGUGUGCGAGGCUGAUCCGAUCACGCGUCGAAUGGACUACUUUGGACCGAUGGUGAAUCGCGCUGCGCGUAUCAGCGGUGCAGCGGACGGUGGCCAGAUCCUAGCGAGUAAGGAUGUGAUCAAGGAGCUGCAGGGUUUGUUGGGCACGUUUGACGAAUCGUCGAACGCAGCGGGCGCCGAUGGCGAAGGCGAGAACUUGGAGAAGACGGAGGAGGAGCUGGACGAAGACGCCUUCCGUCUGCUCAACCCCAACGUGAGCCGCGAUGUGGUGCUGCUGCGAAGGAUGGGUUUCGGUCUGUCGCAGCUGGGCGAACGCCGACUCAAGGGCCUCGAGACUCCGGAGAUGCUGUGGCUGGUGUACCCGAAGCAGCUGGCAGGACGUCUGGAGCAAGCCAAGACCGACGACGCACCCGGUGCGCCUAAGGCACAGGUCUACGAGCCGACGGUGCAGCUGCUCGACAUCGAGGACGUCAAGCAAGUGGGCAUGCUCUGCUUGCGUCUCGAGUACCUUUCGAACUCGACCGUGUGCCCAGGGAUCUUUGCUGCCAAGGAGGAGGCAGAACGAUCGCAGCCGUCGACGCCUCUGGACGACAUCACACGGGACCCGAUGGAGGGUGACGGCGCAAUGACGACGUUGCUCUCGCACCAGGCGAGGCGCAAAGGUGUCGAAGCGAUGCUGAGCAUGCGUCCCGAGCUGCUCAUCUACAGCAUCCGAGACGAUGCCACCGACGAAGAGUUGGCGGGCAUCUUGGACCAGCUUACGACGCGAAUCCAGAACGCCGUGUCAUCGCUGACGCUGAACGUCUUGCGCGAGAAGACGGCCAACGGCACCAAGGAUCUCGGUGCUGAUCCCAGUGUACUGGAGCUGCUGACGGGUCUACUUUCGCAGCCGCCUCCACGAGCAUCGACGUCGGUGUUGCCUUCGACGAGUCCGCUGACGAGUCCUCGCAAGAGGCUGUUGGAGCUGCCUCUGUGA